AUGGCUUUUUCUCCGUCGUCUCCACCAUGUCUCAGAUCUCUAUUGCCUUCCCCUCCACUCUUUCAUCGCCAAAGUAGCUUCCUUGUUCCUCGCAUACAGUCUCUAGCCUUCGGUAGCUUCCGGAAACAUGAGCUGCUGAGGCGGAGCGCGCUCAGGGAAUGGCGUGAAUACGAAGAUGCUGUGAAGAGAAAAGAUCUUGCCGGGGCUCUUAGAUUCCUCAAAUCUAUCGAAAAUGAUGACCAGCGUGAUGCUAAGUUAAGCGGUUUGGCAGCUCUUGAAUUGGAGAGGGAUUGGCAGGUUUUAGAUGCGUGUUUGAAUGCAGAUGAUAUGAGACUUGUUGGAAGUGCAUUUAGGUUUCUCAAGGAGAGAGGUCUUUUGGCCAACUUCGGCAAAUUCAGCAGUAUUGUUUUGGAGGGAACAAGAGAGGUUACACCUACUGUCCUCAAGUCUGCAACUGGCUUGGAAGUGACUAAACUUUCACCAAAAAAGUGGGGACUUUCUGGUGCUUCUAGCAUUGCUCUGGCUGCUUUUCUGGGUGGAGUCUCCUAUCUCCUUUCUCAGGAGAUUGAUGUGCGGCCAAACCUUGCUGUCAUCUUGGGUCUAGCUUAUAUGGAUUCCGUUUUUCUUGGUGGUACUUGUUUAGUCCAAAUAUCAUGCUACUGGCCGCCACAUAAGCGUAGAAUCAUUGUUCACGAAGCGGGUCAUCUUCUUGUUGCAUAUCUCAUGGGCUGUCCAAUCCGUGGUGUGAUAUUGGAUCCGAUUGUUGCAAUGCGUAUGGGGGUUCAAGGCCAGGCUGGAACCCAAUUCUGGGAUCAAAAGAUGGAGAGUGAGAUUGCUGAGGGACGACUUAGCGGUAGCUCAUUUGAUAGCAUGGUACUUUUUGCUGGUAUUGCAGCUGAAGCGCUAGUUUAUGGUGAGGCUGAGGGUGGGGAGAAUGAUGAAAAUCUUUUCAGGAGCAUCUCAGUCCUUCUGGAACCACCGUUGUCAGUUGCUCAGAUGUCGAAUCAAGCCAGGUGGUCUGUUCUACAGUCUUACAAUCUGAUCAAGUGGCACAAGGCGGCACAUAGAGCCGCUGUUGAAGCUCUCCAAGUGGGAAGUCCUCUUAGCAUUGUUAUUAGAAGGAUUGAGGAAGCAAUGUCUUCAAGCAGAUGACUGAAGCACCAGCAUAUUCUGUAAUUCAUACUAAUACGGACACCCGAUAAAAAGAUCAUUUGGAACCUAUGAGCCCGAAGCAGAUAAUCUCGAAAUAAACCACCUGACUGCAACUGGAGUGGUGAAAAAGGACUUGUAUCUUUGGAUCCAUGUUCAUGCAAGUUAAGGUUUUAUUCACUAAGGGAGAUGUCGAGGCAAGAUAGUAGCUCUCUUGCCUUAUUCGUCUGUGUUUCAAGGGUUUAAACUUUAAAGGAAUCGUAGCCAUGCUUUUAAUAGCUUAAAAUAAUUGUAAAGUAUCUAUCAGUCAGUCACAUGAAAGCUGUAUAUAGUUAUGCAACCACUGAUGUAUCAGUUACUAGCCAUUAUAUGUGGUCUUAUGUCCUCUAGUUAUGCAACCACUGGUUUUUCUUGAGAAAUUUUCAGAACA